UUGCUGUGCUGGGGGUGUGUUCUGCCAGCCCUUCAGCCCACGGCUCAUGCAUAAUACCGUCAGAGCAUUCCACAACGAUGGGCUGCCUCCGAAUGCGUUUACGGUUUCUUCAAGUGUUUGGAGUAUUUGUGAAUUUGACAUGACACAAUCUACAGUUCUAAUUUUGUCUUGCUGAAAUCUUGCCAAAGCAUGAGGAGGUAACGUGAAUGUCGGCGUACGUGUGCGAGCAGAUCCCCUGCUGUCCACUGGGAGAUGACAGCCCAUCACAUGUCCCAAUGGGUUUAAUAGAGGAGCAGAAAUAAAAUAAAAUCAAGCAACAAGAGAAAAGGGAAAAUAGAAACAAGAGCGAGAGAACGAGAGCGAGCGAGAGAGAGAGAGAGAGAGCGGGAGCGGGAGAGAGAGAGAGGGAAAAAGCUCCCUAACUCCAGUGAUUCCCAGCCUGGCUGGCAGUAAGCUUUGUGCUCCGAUCUGCCCGCUCUGAUGGGGUUUCAUGCUCGUGCAGGCAGUGUUGGGGAUCCUGAGGGCAACACAGGUCUCUGCUGCUGAUCACGGUCUCUUCAUUUCCAACAAGCUCGACCGUAUGAGCCCACAAGGAUGAGAGUCAGGACAGCUAAUCUCAACCUGCUACUGACGGCUGAUGGAACACCAACCAAUGACAGCCACUAGAAUCCAAAAAGGGAGCUAAAAGAAGAUUGAAUGAGAGCGGCCCGCGGACGACUGGCAGAUAUGAGAGUGGUUCUGGUGUGUGCCCUCCUAUCCCUCCUCUCUUCGUCACAUGCCUGUCCAAAGGAGUGUAACUGCAACAGCAACACCAAGGUAGUAGACUGCCGGGGUAGAGGCCUAUAUGACAUCCCUCGACGGCUGCAUCCUGACACCCAAGAACUGUAUCUCCAAGAUAACCGCAUCAGGGGUCUGGGAUCAAUGGCUUUCCGAGAAAUACCACUCGUCCGCAUCCUCGACCUAUCUAAUAACUCUAUAACAUCCGUUUCGCCAACUGCCCUGCUUGGUCUCAGGACGCUACAGCGCCUCAGCCUGGCCUCCAACAGCCUCAGAGAGCUUGACAAGCGGUUGCUUGGGCCUAUCCGCUCCCUUUCGCACCUUGACCUCUCACACAACAGCCUGUGGGGUUUGCCUGGAGCCAUAGGCGACAGUUUGAGGAACCUAAGCCACCUGGGGCUCGCACACAACAGGCUCACAAGACUGGACCGCUCCUUGUUGGAGGCUCUGACCCGCCUGGACAGCCUCACACUACGAAAUAACCCGUGGAGGUGUGACUGCCAGCUCAUAGGCCUCAAACUCUGGUUGGAGACCUACCUCUAUAAAGGUGGAGUGGUGGAUGAGGUGCUUUGUUCCCAGCCGGAGGAAAUGAAGGAUGGAGACCUGCAGAAAGUACCUUACCAGCUCUUCCACUCCUGCAUGACCACAAGCUACCAUUACUUGUUUGCCAACAUACACCACUUGGAGAAUGAGAGGCUACUGCGCGGCCACACCCAUGGCAACCAUGCUCACCCCUCCAGCCAUGCUAUCCAUGUCCCCAUGGCAAUGGGGGACGGUUUCAGUGGUGGAGGAGGAGGAGGAGGAGGAGGCGGCGGAGGAGGGGGUUUGCCAGAGUGUGAACCUAAGCAGAGGCAGCGGCCUGUCAACUUGCGCCAUGCAAUCGCCACAGUAAUCAUCACUGGCGUCGUGUGUGGGAUUGUGUGCCUGAUGAUGCUGGUUGCUGCAGUGUACGGCUGCGCUUACGCCGCUAUCAUGGCCAAAUAUCAGCGGGAGCUUAAGAAGAACGAGGAGUUGGCAGCGGCAAAGCGGGCGGAUCAUGCUACAGCGGUGAAGGAACCGCUGGAGAACGCCAUAGCCUAAGAGAUGAUAACGUGAACCCUGGACCGAAUACCUGGUCCUCAACCCUUUAACUUAAUCUGCUCUGGAUGCCACGUGUGUGAGUGUGUGUGUGUGUGUGUUGACUUCCUUUCUGAGACUUGGGUAGCUGAGUAUUUGACUAUGCACUGAUAAGAAGAGUACCUUCUACUGUAUGCGGGUUUGUGGGGAAGGCCAAAGAAUCCAAAAGGAAUCAAUUCCAAUUUUUUCUGAGAAAUGCAUAUCACAGAUAAGAACACGUUGCUAUAUAUUUAUAUUUGUGUACUUGUAGGUAUAAUAGUAAAGCUCUAGUAUCUUGAAAAUGGAUUUCAGAAUUAGGUGUCUUUUGGUUGUUCAUAACCUUGAGUCCGAUUGAGGUAACUCGUAGUAAGCAGCUGCUGUCCGUUAAUUUCUGUUGUAAUAUUAUUAAUGUGAGAGUGUGAGAACUAAAGAUGAGAGUUUUGUGUCAGUAUUUCAUUUGUGCUUGAGUGUGCUUGUGGAGAUGUAUACUGUAGUCAUACAUUUAUAAAGAAUUUAAGAGUUUGUGCCUAACAACGUCAUAGUUUUGAAAAGUAUAUAUGUUUUCUUAAAAGAUAUUUUUCUGACAACAGAAGUGAAGAUGGAAAUUUUACUGAAGCAAUAAUGACUAAAACUAAAACAAAAACAACAAAACCUGGACUCGGCAUUGUUGUUUUUCUUAAAACUUUACAGCUUUAUAAGAACUAAUGAGCUAUCAUCCUGCUGCACAAAGUCACCCUUACACACAGACAUUUUGAAAUUUACAGUUUUGGAAAUCAGUUGAGUCUUGUUUGUGAGUCAAUACUGAUUACAUAAGUGUAGUCAUGUCCUUCAAAAUGUAUUACAUAAAAUAAAAGAAAAUAUUUUACCUGACAACUACUGUAUAUGUCUACUGGCAACUACUUUAACAAGGCACGCAUACUUAUUUGGAGAAAGUAUCUUAGUCCCUCAUCCUACUCACUGAGUUUGUAGCAGACCACAGAGAAAGUUUUUUAAUAACACUUAUGCGUCAUUCAAAUUUUGUAUGGUCUGUUGAUCAAUGUAUUCUUAAUGACUAAUCCUUGUUUUCUUUCUUUCUUUACUAGGUGUUUUUUAAAUUACCAUUUAAAAUACCAAUGUAUUAAAGCACCUCAGUGAGGCCUUUGAUGUUUUAAUAGAUAAAAUGGAAUACAGCAAUACUGUUUGCCAUGGGUCCUUAUUGAA